GACUCCUUGAAAAACCCAUCUCCAACCCCUUCCACAUUCUCUCCACUCCACUCUCUCUCUCUCUCUCUCACACACACCCUCUCUUUACUUUCUCUCUAUAUCUACCUACCUAUUGAAAAACCCCCUACUCUCUGACUGUCUUUUUUGUUAACAUCGAAAGAACGAAAAAGAAAGAAACAAAGAAACACCACACAUCUCUCUUUCUUUCUUUCGUUUUUAUCUGGGUUUAGCUUAGUUUAUGCAUGUUCAUCUCCCAAAUCAAACCCAACCAAUUUCAGGGCUGUUCACUUUCUCUUCUUUUUUAUAAUGGCUUUCUCUGCUCUAUUCACUAUUCACUGAUAUUUUAUGCCCCCUUUUUCCCUUUAAAUCUUGAUGUUCUUGACAAAUCUUGCAAGACCCAUUUGGAUUUCAUAGCCAAGACAAAGCUGUGUGCCCUUUAAAGGAUUUCUUUUCUAUUCUUGAUCAUGGAGGGAGAAACAUCAUGGGUUAGUCAUUGCCUCGACGACAUUGCGAGAGAAGUUGUGGAGUUUGAUUCAUUCUCACAGGUUAGUGAUGAAGGAAAUAAAGAAGUUAUGGCUGUUUCACUGGAUUUAGUCCUACCCGAUGACUUGUUGGAGAGAAUCUUGGCCUAUCUCCCAAUUGCAAGCAUCUUCAGAGCGGGUUGUGUGUGUAAAAGAUGGUAUGAGAUAGUUAGUUCAAGACGGUUUUUAUGGAAUUUCUCUCAUGUGUCAUCACAAAAACCUUGGUAUUUCAUGUUUACGAGCUCCGAUGAACCUAUUGGUUAUGCCUACGAUCCCAUCCUUCGAAAGUGGUACGGCAUCGAACUCCCCUGUAUUGAGACAUCUAAUUGGUUCAUUGCUUCGUCUUGUGGCUUAGUUUGCUUCAUGGACAAUGAUAGCCGAAGUAAGCUAUGCGUUUGUAAUCCGAUAACCAAACACUGCAAGAUCCUUCAAGAGCCUCCGGGCUUGAAAUUUUCUGAUUACAGUGCGUUGGCAUUCUCAGUGAAUAGGGUGUCGCACAAUUACAAUGUCUCGGUUGUGAAAUGUAAGCAAGUCCCAGGAAAUUUUUUCCAGUGGGAUCUCUCUAUUCAUAUUUAUGACUCUGAGAAGAUGAUGUGGGUAACUCCUCUGUCAGAGGUUCUGACUGGGUGGAGAGGCGGUGACGAGAGUGUGAUCUGCGAUGGUGUAUUGUAUUUCUUGAUUUACUCAACCGGAGGAGGCAUGCCAGAGAAUCGUCAUGGCCUAAUCGCUUAUAACCUUUCAAACCGAUCUCCCCAUGGUUUAUUGAUUGGGAGUUCUAUCCCGGUGCCUUGUUCUCUUACUUGUGGCCGGUCAAUGAACCUCAAGGAGAAGUUGGUUAUGGUUGGAGGGAUUGGAAGACAAGAUCGGCCUGACAUAAUAAAAGGCAUUGGGAUAUGGGUUUUGAAUGGCAAGGAGUGGCAAGAGAUUGGGCGUAUGCCUCAUAAGUUCUUUCAAGGAUUUGGGGAGUUAGAUGAUGUUUUUGCUAGCAGCGGUACAGAUGACCUCGUAUACAUUCAAAGCUAUGGAGCACCCGCUCUUCUUGUUUUUGACAUGAACCUAAAGCAGUGGAAAUGGUCGCAGAAAUGCCCGGUGACAAAGAAGUUCCCUCUUCAGCUCUUUACUGGUUUUUGCUUUGAACCCAGGCUUGAAAUUGCUCCCUAAUUUUGUUUCUCAUUAGAUUUUAUGUGGUUUUAACUGAAAAUGUUUGUCUGAAAUUCCUUUUUCUUUUUCUUUUUUUGGUUAUUUGCUUUGCCUUUUCUUUUUCUUUUUGUCUCUAUUUUCAGUUAUUAUGAAAAUGUACUGGCUUAAGAAAGCUGCUAGUUCAUGAAAAUGGGAAUAUUUAAAUUUUUUGCAUUUA